CUCAAGACAGAACUGGUCACUUGUACAGGCAGCAGCUCUGGUUGAACUUCUCUAAGUUUAUCUUUACACUUUCACUUGGAAGAGAAAAACACAUUCUAAAACACCCCAGAUUUUAUGAACUUUCAUUCCCAUUUUUACACUGCAGUACCAAAGAUGAGAGCAUACUUUCUUAACAAACUCCAUUCCUACAUUCCAGAGCACUGCGAUUAAGAUCCAAACCACAUCCUCACUGCUGCAGCUUCUCCAAAGAACAUCCUCCCUUUCCACAGGGAGAUCAGCAUCAAGAGAGGCAAAAAGCCUCCCAAAUAACAUCCUGAUGGGAAUAACCAUCCAAAACAUCACAGGAAACACAGCAAUGGUGAUUUGGCCAAAAAUGGCCAGUUGUGUCGACAGCUUUUACAGCAUCAUGUACCACCCUAACUGGAACAGCAUGCUGUCCAGCUACUCCAGAAAGAGCUUCCAGAGGGAAGAGAGGGUGCCCACCACUCGCUCCUCCUUUGUUGUUGAAAACCUGACUCCCCUCACGACGUACAUCAUGUGUGUGACCUGCCAGUCCGCAAACCCCUCCAGCGACCAGUGCAGGGUUUUCAACACGCUGGAGCGAGACCCGGCAUCGGCGAGCAGCACCAAGAAAGAGCUGGCUCUGGGCAUCUGGCUCACCAGCAGCGUGCUGCUGCUCAUCAUUGCUGCCGUGCUGCUCUACGGCUGCCUGCACCUGCUGUGCCGCAGGAGACACCAGCGCCUGCAGGAGCGGAGCAGGAGCUCCAAGCGGGAGCCUGAGGAGCCAUGGACCAAAAGCACGGCGCACGCCUCGGAUGAGUUCAGCAGGCAGAGCCAGCACACAUGGGACGCUGAGGAGAAGCACCCAGGUGGCAUCCAGCUGGCCACAAUCAUAGAGAAUCCCUCAGUGUGCAAAGAGCCCAUGGUGACAUCUUCUAAAAGUCAGGAACGAGUCCCAGUAACAGGACAGUGCUCUGCUAUAAAUUAG